AUGGUCGCGCUGACGCUCAUCACGUGUGGUGGCAGCAAGUGUGAUGUUGAUGGCCGUGAGUGGCAGGUCCAAGUGCGCCGCGAGUGGCUGUGCGCUCGCGACAAGGCCCAGCGACUGCAGGCCGGCAAGCGAGUGCAGCAGCGGCUGCACACCAGAGUUGCGGCAGUGCUUCUGCAGAGUCGGCGGCAAGCGGCGAAUGGGCGUGCCCCACGUCGUGCACGACGGCUCCUCGUUACCGCCGCUGUUGAUGCCGCUGCCGUUGAUGUACUCUGCCACGUCGACAUCCGCGACACCGACGAUGAUGCAGAAGGAACUGAGACUCAUCUCCUGCAGCACUUCCUCAAGCGUCAGCGGGUCGCCUGGCGACCGCCCAAGAAUGCCCCACACACGCCAAAGCUCAAUGUGGAGCCGCGACUGGCGGAACAAGCCGACGCGGCUGUACCCGUUGCGCAUCAUCGUGACCUUCGCCACCACACGCCCACUCCGUGCUGUCGACCUCGCAAUGGCGGCAGCAGCAGCGGAGUGCCCCAAGCCGCCUUCUGCCGGCUGCGGCAGCCGCUGAAGCACGACCGUCGACUGCUGCCGCUUCUGGUCGCGGGCGGAGAGAGCAUCGAGGUAUGA